GUAAUAGCCGCGCGCUCACAGGUUCGUACAGUCGGCGCGGCGUUUGCGGAGGGGGAGCUGGUUGCCGUGGUGGCCGCCUGGAAUUGUGGGGUUUGUGUCUGCCCCUCGGCUGCCGUGCCGAAAGCCGAAGGGUCUGAUGAUGGCUCCCCAGGGCCUGCCUCCAUAUAGGAUGGCUCCCCUUGGAAUGCUGUGUGGGUUGCUAUUUGCCUCCUGCUUCAUCUUCUGCCUCAGUCAUCAGAACCCAAAUAAGUUUGCACUGACCAACCCAGAGAAGAGCAGCAUGAAAGAAUCAGAGAGAAAGGAAGCCAAAGCUGAAGAGGAUCUGGAUCCUGAGAUUCUGGAGGUGUUUCACCCAACUGAGGAAUGGCAGGCCCUUCGGCCAGGUCAGGCUGUUCCUGCAGGAUCCCAUGUACGGCUGAAUCUUCAGACUGGAGCAAGAGAGGUGAAACUCCAAUAUGAAGAAGACAAGUUCCGAAAUAAUUUGAAAGGGUCAAAAAAAGGCAAAAGGCUUGACAUCAACACCAACACUUAUACAUCUCAGGAUCUCAAGAGUGCCUUGGCCAAAUUCAAAGAGGGGGAAGAGAUGAAGAAUUCAAAGGAAGAUAAGGCAAGGCAGGCUGAAGUAAAGCGACUCUUCCGCCCCAUUGAGGAGCUAAAGAAAGCAUUUGAUGAACUGAAUGUUGUUAUUGAGACUGACAUGCAGAUCAUGGUACGGUUGAUCAACAAGUUCAACAGUUCUAGCUCCAGCCUGGAAGAGAAGAUUGCUGCACUCUUUGAUCUUGAGUAUUAUGUCCAUCAGAUGGAUAAUGCCCAGGACCUGCUCUCCUUUGGUGGUCUUCAAGUGGUGAUCAAUGGGCUAAACAGCACAGAGCCCAUGGUGAAGGAGUAUGCUGCAUUUGUGCUGGGGGCUGCCUUUUCCAGCAAUCCAAAGGUCCAGGUGGAAGCCAUUGAAGGGGGAGCCCUGCAGAAGCUACUGGUCAUCUUGGCUACAGAACAGCCUCUCACUGCCAAAAAGAAAGUCUUGUUUGCACUAUGUUCUCUGCUGCGCCACUUCCCCUAUGCCCAGCAACAGUUCCUGAAACUGGGGGGACUGCAGGUCCUCAGGAGUCUGGUGCAAGAGAAGAGCACAGAGGUGCUGGCUGUGCGCAUAAUCACCCUGCUCUAUGACCUGGUCACUGAGAAGAUGUUUGCUGAGGAAGAGGCAGAGCUGACCCAGGAUUCAUCCCCAGAGAAGCUGCAACAGUACCGUCAGGUGCACCUGCUGCCAGGCCUGCGGGAACAGGGUUGGUGUGAGAUCACUGCUCACCUUCUGGCACUACCUGAGCAUGAUGCCCGUGAGAAGGUACUACAGACACUAGGUGCCCUUCUGGCCACCUGCCGUGAUAGGUACCGUCAGGACCCACAGCUCAACAGGAUGCUGGGCAGCCUUCAGGAUGAGUACCAAGCACUGGCCACCUUGGAGCUUCAGGAAGGUGAAGAUGAUGGAUACUUCCGGGAACUGCUGGCUUCCAUCAACAGCCUGCUGAAGGAGCUGAGAUGAAGCUGGUCUUGACUACAGGACUAGACUACAGUGCUGCUAGGGAGGCCAAGGGAUGCCAGCAUGGGUGGGCUCUUCAUGGGACAUUGGGUGGUAGGGAGGACUUCCCUACUGGGACAUGGGCUUUAUCUGAGCAGGGCUGGCUUGACCAUUAAAUGGAGACAUGAAGGCCUGA